AUGGCAUUUCUGAAUCAUCUAGGUAAACCAAUCAGCCACGAAGAGCUCUUCGCAUAUACCAAUGGCCAUUUUCUUGUCAACGAGCAAUGGCAACUUGGUCGACGCUAUAUAAAAUUCAACGUCGAUGCCCUCUGUGAGAUUGCCGCUGCCGCUGGUGGGGACCUGUCUCGGAUUACAACGGUGGAGAAGCUCGAAGGAGGAUUCAGUAAGGCUCUUCUAAUGAAAAAAGCAAAUGGAAAAGAAAUAAUCGCAAAACUCGCCAGUCGUAUUGCUGGGCCAACCUCUCUUACAACCGCGUCCGAGGUAGGUAUUCUCGAAUAUGUGAGAAAGCACACAAGCAUCCCUGUUCCACGCGUGUUUGCCUGGUCUUCGGAUAAUUCAAAUCCUGUGGGUGCCGAAUAUAUCAUUAUGGAGAAGGCUGCAGGAGUUCCGCUGUUUGAGCAAUGGGGAAAGAUGGCAGAAAUUGAGAAACUUGGCUUGAUAAGGAGUUUGACUAAGCUUGAGUCUCAACUUGCAACUAUUCAUUUUCCUGCCUAUGGUGGACUAUAUCGUGGAACAGAUGCAAAGCACUUGCGAUGCCAGGUGCUUGAUGAGAAUAUAGAUCCGUCCAGGCUGUUCUGUAUUGGUCCGUCUUGCGACCGUUUCUUCGGCACCGAGCAUCCCCAAAAUGUAGAACUUGACCAAGGACCUUGGAGCACAUUAUCGGGUUAUGGGAUAUCAAUUGCGAGACGGGAACUGUCACGGAUUUUGAGCCGUCCCUCAAACAGUGGACCAGCAUCCACCAAGGGAAAUAUCGAGGAGCAAGUCCGGCUUCUUGAAAUCACAAUGAACCUCAUGCGGAUAAUGGACUCGCAUCCGAUACUUGCCCAGUUUGCGCAGCCUACACUAUGGCACACCGAUCUCCAUAUGGGCAAUAUUUUCGUUGCGCCUGACGAUAACACAAUAACAUCACUAAUUGACUUUCAGUCUAUCUCAAUUCUUCCCUUAUUUCUUCAAGCUCAGUGGCCGAUAUUUUUAAAACCUCCACAGAACUACGUCAAAGGACUUGUACAGCCAAAGCUUCCAGACAACUUCAGUGAACUUGAUAACGACGAUAAAGCGGUUGCUCUACGGGCGUGGACACAGUCUAAACUAGCGAAGGGGUAUGAAGUCGCGACAAUACUUGAAAACAAACGUGCACAUAACGCCAUGGAUACUGUGCCUCGUGUUUUCCGAGAAACUUUCAUUCGUUGUGGUGAAAUAUCUGAAGUUGGCCCCGUUCCACUUCGAGAAUGUUUAAUAGAAAUCCAUCGGAACUGGUCGAGUCUCGGUUUCACCGGAGAAUGCCCUUAUUCAUUCAGUACUAACGAGAUCAAUGCGCACGAACGCGAAUUUACAGAAUACCAAGCCUGGAGCGAGGCCCAGCAACUCGCUCUGGAAUGCCUGGAUACUGAUGCUGAGGGUUGGAUCGCUCCACAGUUGGAUAUCGCAGAGAAACGAAGACAAAACAGGGAGUUACUUGCUAUGUACAUCGAACGAAUGGCUGAAGAAAGGUCCGCUAGCGAAGCAAGCGCAAUGUGGCCAUUCCCAGAUGAUCAAUAG